UAGAUUUAAUCAUGAACACGCUAGGAGUUCUCGUCCUUACAUUCGCCACAGCCCUUUGCGACGACGCGCUGAUAACGCCCUUGUACAAAUACAGGUACGAGACUGAGGAUGUCAUGCAGACCGCCGAGACGUCGAUACCCCUGCACGGAUACCACGUGGUUGAAGGUGGAUACUACCCCACGGGAAUAGGUUAUGGGAAUCAUUUCGGUGGAGGAUACGGAGGCGGCUUCGGGGGAGGCAGUGGAGCUGGUUUGGGAUAUGGAGGCGGGAUCGGGCACAUAGGUGGAGUUGGCCAUGGAGGUUAUGUGGGAGGUGGAGCAGGAUUUGGAGGUUUUGGAGGAGGGCAGGCCAUUGAGAACAGCGCAUUCGGUGGAGGCAAGAAAAAUAUCGAAGACGAGCACUUUGAAAAGGCGUUUGGAAAGAAAGGUGAAGGGUUCAAUCAUGGAGAGGAAGGCUUCUCCAAGGGAGAAGUCGUCGCGAAGGAUGUGAAAGGAGAUUCUGGUUAUUACAACGAGCAGGAGGGUGGCAAGAAACUGGUUGAGGAAGGGAAGGAGUACCAUGGAGGACAGCACUUUGACAAAGAAGGUCAGAACGAGGCCCAGCAAACCGCGAAACAGGGCCACAAGAAGGGCCACAAGAUCAAGGGCUUCAAGAACUUCCACCACAAGGACGAAUCCGGCAAGACCGAGGAGUUCUACGACGAGGAACACGACGAAGGUGGCAACUACGCCUUCAAGGGUGAAGCGGGUAGUUUCGGUGAAAAAGCGGCUUCAGCCUUUAAAGGAGAAGCCCAGGAAGGCAAGUAUAAGUCCGGAGAAGCCAAGAAGGAAGGUUUCUACGAGAACAAAUACCUGAACGACAACGCCAAAGGCAACGAAGGUAAAUACGGAGAAAAUAAGUACGGGGAGAACGCUCAGUUGUACGCCUUGAAGAAGGGCGCUGACGAGCAGAGCCUUUUGGGUCACCAAGAGUCCAGCAAGUUCUACAAACACCAUCCCUUCGUUGUGCCUUUUCGCAAUUACUAGAGAGAUAAGAUAGAAUGAGAUAACGGAACUGGAAGCAGUGUUAGUGUUGACGACGGACUGGAUAUUUAUUUUUUUUAUG